UCAGAAAAAAAAAUUGAAAAAAAAGUGAGGAAGAGAGAGGGGAGCGAGUCAAACUGAAUCUGCUUCCUUCCACCAUUCUCUCUCUCACCAUAGGGAUCUCCUCUCCGGCGUGUUCGGAUUAGAUCAAGAUGAUCAUCCCCUAUCUCACCGCCUUAACCACCUACUUCAGCUACGGCCUACUCUUCGCCUUCGGCCAGCUGCGUGAUUUUUUCCGCAAGUCUCUCGAUUGGUGCUCUGCUAGCACCCUUCAGGGCUAUGCGCCGAUCUGUUUGGGGCUUGAAGAUUUCUACAUUCGCCGCCUCUAUUUGAGAAUUCAGGAUUGCUUCAACAGACCAAUAUCAAGCCCUCCGGAUGCUUGGUUUGAUGUGGUGGAGCGUGUCUCCAAUGAUAACAACAAAACACUAAAGCGAACAACAAAAGUAAAUAGGUGUCUGAACUUGGGAUCUUAUAACUAUCUAGGAUUUGCUGCAGCAGAUGAAUACUGCACACCUCGUGUAAUCGAGUGCCUGAAGAAAUAUACCCCAAGCACCUGUAGUACUCGUGUUGAUGGAGGCACAACAAUAUUGCAUACUGAAAUGGAGGAGUGUGUUGCCAAUUUUGUGGGAAAGCCAGCUGCUAUUGUAUUUGGGAUGGGUUAUGUAACAAAUUCGGCCAUUCUUCCCGUGCUAAUUGGAAAGGGAGGCCUGAUCAUUAGUGACUCUCUGAACCAUAACUCAAUAGUCAAUGGUGCCCGUGGAUCUGGGGCUACUGUUCGAGUUUUCCAGCAUAACACACCAUCCCAUUUGGAGAGUGUUCUGAGGGAGCAAAUUGCAGAUGGUCAACCUAGAACACACAGGCCCUGGAAAAAGAUAAUUGUUGUGGUGGAGGGAAUCUACAGUAUGGAAGGUGAACUUUGCAAGCUCCCUGAAAUUGUUUCCAUCUGCAAGAAAUACAAGGCAUUUGUUUAUCUUGAUGAAGCUCACAGCAUUGGGGCUGUUGGGAAAAGUGGAAGAGGUGUUUGUGAACUCCUAGGAGUUGAUACUGCUGAUGUGGACAUAAUGAUGGGAACUUUCACUAAAUCAUUUGGAUCUAGUGGUGGUUAUAUUGCAGGAUCCAAGGAACUUAUUCAAUACCUGAAAUACACAUGCCCUGCUCAUCUUUAUGCCACGUCUAUAUCAGCACCGGCUGCUCAGCAAAUUAUUUCUUCCAUCAAGGUUGUUCUUGGAGAAGAUGGUUCUAGCAGAGGGGCUCAGAAACUAGCUAGGAUUCGUGAGAACAGCAAUUUUUUCAGGUCUGAAUUGCAGAAAAUGGGUUUUGAGGUUCUAGGUGAUAAUGAUUCCCCUGUAAUGCCUAUUAUGCUCUACAAUCCGGCAAAAAUUCCUGCCUUUUCACGAGAGUGCCUCAAACGGAAUGUUGCUGUGGUGACGGUUGCUUUCCCAGCCACCCCAUUACUGCUGGCCCGUGCUCGCAUUUGCAUUUCUGCUUCUCAUUCAAGAGAAGACCUUCUCAAAGCUUUAGAGGUUAUCGGCACGGUAGGGGAUAUGGUGGGUGUAAAAUACUUUCCCGCCGAGCCGAAUAAGCAACAAGUGGAGGUAGGACAGGUUAAGAAGGUAGAUUGAAGAAACAUGAUUGUGACAGUUUCUCAGCCAAUUUAGAAUGGUUAUAUAGGAAUAUCGUUGCCGCUGCUUUUAUGGAAGUGGUGUUGUAAUUUAUGCAAGUGGCGUCGUAAGUUGCAUAACUUUAGUUGUUUGUUGUGAUAUUCACCCCCCAAUUCUGGGAUUAAUAUCUUCUUGCAAUUGUAAAUGUUAUCAACUUUGGUAUUCAUCUCCUAAUUGUGUUU